GUUCCUGAAGCUGUGCAUUUAUGCUUUAGGCAUUUUUACGUAAAUGAUGCACAUUUCCAGCCAAUAAAAAGCUUGAAAAAAUUGGCAAUAAUACAUAUUCAAGAAAGUUCUUGGCAGCUUUGUCUGUAAUGACAAAGAACCACCGGCCGGAGUAGAGGUGGGGUCAGGGCAGGUUAUGGCAGAGCCGGGCUGUGAGCAUGGGCCACCGUCCAGGGUGCGUGGAACACCAGGCACAGCAUGAUCUGUUUAGUAUGUUUUCCCAUCUGUGAGGAAUACAUACAAAUAGUUACAUGUACAUAUGCAUGGGAGCACGCAUGGACGUCAGCACAGAUGAGCUCUGGCGAUGGGGGAUGGGUGAUUUCAUCGCAUUGGGUUGUUUUUCCUUUUUGUUUCUAUUUUUUUCUAAAAAUGAAAAUGUAUUGCUUGCUUGCGUCAUGAAAAAUAUUCAAAAGGAGAAGAAAAAGGCCUGUCUCUUGUGUGUCUGAGCCGAGCUGGUUGCCAUGGAGACUGGACGGUUGUCAAGGCAGCUAUUGGAUGGGCAGGGGGGGCUGCGGGUGCUUCCUGGGAGCCGAGCUGGCACAGCCCGCAGUCUGCACUGCGGGGCCGGCGCCAGCAUGGACGGAAUGGACGUGUGGGUCAGCACCUUAGCCCAGCUGAUGGCCAAGAGGAAGCCAGAGGACACCUGGGAGCUGGUCCUUGAGGAGAACCUGUUCUCCGGGCAUCUGGACAGUGGGGCAGGUGCCCAUCCCCUCCACUCACUUCUUCCUCCCCUCCCCCCCAGGCUCCAGUGCAACCGCUGCCAGUGGGGCUGGUCCUCGGCCCACGUGCACAUCCUAUUCCAUGUGCGAUGGGACAAGGACCGCCACCUGGGGCUGGUGAAGAUGCGUAUCUGGGCCCAGGCGUGCCAGCUGUGCCCGCCGGACGCCCGGGGAGACUGCCAGGUGAGCCUGCUGAACGUGCGGCUCUUCCUCAACAAGCUGGUCCUGUUCGUCCUGCAGCAGUGCUACCAGGAGAGCAUCAGCUCCGACGAGUGCCCCGAGGUCUGCUUUGGGGACCACUGCGAAGCCUGCGACCUGGGCGUCUGCUUCUUCCAGAAGCCCCCAGACCCCGCCUGGGGGCCCGAGACCAGGAGCCCCAGCACCGUCCAGGCCAUGCCAGCCCUGGGCAGCGGCCCGGUGGCCAGUUGCGCCUGGGGCUUCGUCCUCCCCUCUGUGUCCGACCCCCUCUCUGAGGGCAGCCACUUCUUCAGCGAGGACAUGGACAUCAUCACCGUGCCCUUCACCCUGGUGAGCGUGGGCAGGGACAAGGGCUCUGUUGGCCCUGGAGAGGGCACCCCCAGCGAGGCUGGUCUCCAGGGGCUGAUGAUCAUCGACAGGGGCUCCGCCGACCAGCCUGCCAGUCUCAGGGCCUUGCCCACCAGCAUGAGCAUCCUGGUCAACAUCAAGGCCCCCAUCCUCCACGGCAGAGACCACCUGCUCAGGAGCAUCAAGUCCUUCCAGGUCAAAGGCUUCAUCUUCAAGGGCUUUGGCUCCCUUUUGGGCCAAGACAAGGGCCCGGGCGCCGAUCCCAGCAGCAACAGUGGACCCACUGGAGAUGCCACCCUGCCCGUGUCCUAUGUCUUGGGCCUCACAGAGAAGGGCGAGGGCUCCAUCACCUUUCCCUUGUCCUUGGCUAACAUCAUCCAGGGCCCGGACUCCCUCCCUGACCUCAACGGCUCCCUGACCUUCCCUUUCAUCAUCACCGACCAGUGCAAGGGUGGGGCAGAGUGUGGCCACGACCCUGCCCUCAGCCCCGCCUCCUCGGGGAGCAGGGGUUCCCUCAUCAUCCCCUUCUCAGCCUUUAGUCCCAUAAAGCUCGGGGGCCUGCAGGGCAGCAGCUACCACAGGAGCGGGCACUGCGGCAGGCACAGGCGCCGCCGGGCCCGGAGGCCUCGGGCCCGCAGGGAGGAGGACUUCUUGGAGGAGGAGGACGGCUGGUGCUGGCCGAGUUUCGAUCCCUACGAAGAGGUCUGGGUCUGGAUGUGCAUGGUCUUCUUCGUCCUCUGGACACUGUACCUGUGCACUUCUUGACGGCUCCCAGACGCGUGUCUGAGCGUGCCACCUCCCUCCCGGGUCCCCCACCGCGUCUCUCCCUCCGCAGGGCUGCCCAGACACAAAGCCAAGUGCUGCUGGCCCCCCCAGGCCCCACCGCCCCCCACCAGCCCGGCCCCCAUUCUGCCAGCCCCCCUGAGCUGAGGCCUCCCAGUGCGCACAGCUGCUCCCUGGACCUCUUGCUUCUGUGUUCUCUCUCUUGACGUGACUCAAGCAGUGGUCCCGUGAUGUCCGCGUGUGAUGUCCACGUGUGAUCAUUCCCCGGUGUGACCCCCAGCUGCCCCUGUGUGUUCACUUGUGUGUGUUACACUCCGUUCAAAUAAAAGUCAAAAAGAGAAGACCAUACAGCACACUUGGGCCGAUGACAGGUGGUGGUGAAGUGGGAGAGCGGUGGCCAGGGGCCCCCCGGCGCUUCCCCAGGGCGUGAUGGGACUGGGCCUCAGGCACAGAGCUCAUGUCCUGCUCGCCUUUGCUGUGCACGCACGGCCCAAUGGCCACGCUCCUGCCCCGGGGCCAGGUCGAACCCGUGGGGGACCGGUGGCAGGUCGGAGCCCCGUCCGCCCUACAGUAAUUGCACCCCCCUGCGUAGGGACCCUGCCCUGUCAGGACGCCCUCGAAGGGUUAACAC